AUGACAAGUGUUCCCGUUCAUGCCCUCCUCGACCACUGGCAGGCAUGCCAAGAGGAACAUGGACCUGAGCAGACCAUGCGAUUCACUCAGUACUUCGACAAGGAUGGUGAAGCUGCUCCCGCCAAGUAUGAUCCUCUUCCACCACUUGACGGAUCAGCACAGGCAUUAGAAGAAGGAUCUGAACAUGAGGUCCAAGAAGCACUCACACCCAAGAAGGCGGGGAAGGCGAAGAAGAAGGGUAAACCUGUGUGCAAGGUCACGGGAAAGGCGGCAUCGAAGGCGACAAAGGGCAAAGCGGCCCCUGGCGGAGCCAAAGGCGGUGGGUGUAAACGCAAGACGAAAGAUGCAUACGACUCGGAAGACGAUGCCAGAAGCAGCCAAGACUCUGAUCGGAGUUCGCCAGAUAUACCCAGCAUGGCUUCUGAAGAAGAUACGGCCAGCGAUGAAGAUUCAGGGGAUGGCGAGAGCAUGAUUGCGAAUAAAGCGAAGGGCAAGGCAGUCGCCACCACCAAUGGACGUAAGGCUAACAAUGGCGGUGCACCUCAAGCGAGUGGUAGCGGCGGUGCCAAGACGAAGGAAAAGCGAGGUCUCCAAGACCUUCCUCUGGGUGCACUGCACAGAUUUGACACAGAGGAGACUGAUGAAGCAUCGAGUGAACUGGAGCCCAGUACAAAGGAGCUCAGGCUUGAGCUUCAAGGCCAAGCCCCACGUCUCACUGGCGGGAGUACUGUGGGGAGUACUGUGCCCCACCUCGUCAAAAGGAGAGAUGUGUUUCUCGCCACCCUUUCCGUCGAACCGCGAUACCAGGAUAUGCUGAAGCAAGUCAAGAUUGCGACUGUGCCCCAGGUGUAUCGUUUCACCAGGUAUGAUCCGAUUCCCUGGAGCGAAUGGUCAUAUAGCCAGCGCUACCUCCCGUCGUCAUUUCAUGUGGUGGACAACUUUGACAUCGUCGAGAACUGGUUGGGCGACAAACCAUGGCUGACAAAAUAUCGGUUCUUACAUCCACAGGGCGUACAACAAUCUGCACUCGUGAUUGGUAUGGUGCUGAGGGACCUCACACGAUCUCAGUUCAUUGAGGAGGGCGAACCGACCAACCUUCCCGACUAUGUGGUGAACUCGGCGAUCUCAUUUGACGCAGUAGAGCAGCUGCUUCGCUGUUGCGAGAUCAUUACCUUGGACAUGGUGGAAGGGAACGUCACCCAUGCCAUGGUGAAGCCAGUGAGCAAGCCUGCCAUACGCGGUGCCCCACAAGGUGGCGAUGGCCUUGGGGGCCAGGAGGAGCAGGAAGGUGAUGCCUCUGCAAGAACUCACGAUGGCACUGCUACUGCUGCCAAAGUUCACAAGGCUCACCAGCCUGCCCCCAUGACUGACAAACCAAUCAUUCCAAGUGGAGGAGAUGAAGGGCCGAGCCAGGAGACCAGUGGUGGGGCCUCUGACGAUGGCGAAAAGGACGAUGCACACUUGUCCGUACCUAGCAGUGGUGCUGAAUGA